CUUUCCUCCCUCCCAUUUUUUUUAUUUAAUCGUUAUUUAUUUAAUUAAUUUGCAGCCACCAUCUCCCGGUCGGUGCGCUGCAGAGGGAAUGAUGCGGGCAGCGUGCGUCGCCGCUUCAUAGGCGCAUCCGCAGCUUCUCUGCGUGGUGCAAGGUGUCUUUGAACCUGAGACGGAGAAGGAUCUCCGGGAGAAAUCAGAGGAAGGCUCUGUUUUGACUCACGCAUGUCGAGAUGGUGUUGGACAAGCAUCUGCUGAAGGGUGGUUCCCUGCAGGUAGUGCUGCCUCUCUUUCCCUGUAGUAUCGGGUGUGGACGAUGAUGACGAUGUUCCUGAAUAGAUUCAGACAGACCGAGCAUCGUCCUCGACGCAGUCUCCAACAGACGAAACUUUCCAGGAGCCGGAAAAUUAUUAUCAACUCACACGACGCUCUGAGAGGCAGCGUGGUUUCAUCUCCCUCUUCUGACGACGAACAUGAGAGAGAAGAAAGUAUCCCUAGGUAGACCUGCUGAGUCACGACCAGUCAAACCUCUUUAGGUCAUCAAGGACCUGCUUUAUUCUUCUAAAGACCAGAGAAGCACCUCUCACUGCGGACCAUCAGAUUUAUUGAAAGAGCACAGAUUCAUAAAGGGCAUUGUGUGGAUCUCAGCAUGCUGCCAACAGGACAGAGCAAGCCAUCUGGAACUUUUCACAAAAUCCUUCGACCGCUUCUGUUCAGUAUUUUUAUCCUCGGAUGUUUUGUGACUGCCUUCUUGAUGUAUUUUAAGCCAUCCACCAGCUGGUUAAAUGGUCCAUUAGAAUCAUCUGAUUCCUCAAAUCAUGUCAAGCAUGUCUUUGCAAAGAGUGACAAAAACAUGACUACAGUUCUCGUUUGGCUGUGGCCCUUUGGACAAACCUAUGAAAUGAACAUCUGCAGCUCUGCCUUCAACAUCGAGGGCUGCUUCAUCACAAUCCACAAGGACUACAUCACUGAAAAACUCUACAUCCCCCUCUCUGUGGGCACAGUGCCGGUGGUUCUUGGCACGACCAGAGAAAACUACGAGAACUUUGUUCAAGGAGACGCUUUUAUCCACGUGGAUGAUUUCAGCUCACCCAAAGAGCUGGCUGACUACCUGCUUCUUCUGGACAAGAACGAAGAACUGUACCUUGGGUACUUCAAAUGGAGACGGCACUUUAAAGUAAACAGAGCCCAUUUCUGGGCAGAGCACACAUGCCAGGCUUGUGCUUACCUGAGACAACACAAAGAAUACAGGGCAUUCAAUAACCUUAACAAGUGGUACUGGGGCUGAUGGUGCUUAGAUGGACUAUGCAGCACUCAUCACCUCUCUACAAGGUGGGACAUAGCACACAGAAAAAAACAAAAAAAACAAUAACUUGGUGAGACAAACAUUAAGUUGAAAAUUUAGAUGUAAUAUUUAAUUCGGGCCUUUUUGAAACACCAUCUCGUUUGUGAUUGUAAAGAUGUCACCUAUGCAGAGCACUGAAGUCAAAUGUGAAGGUAGUUUAACACUGUCGUACAUCAUUUUGGAAAUCUGUAGCCGUUUUUAAACAUUCUUUGGCGUUUACAUUUGCACUGCAAACCUAAAAGAUGCUUCUCUUUACAUUUUGUGAAGAAUGAUCAAUGAUCGUAGUAGUAAUUACUCGCAGGGGGCAUGUCAUUAAGAGCUUGGUUUCUGUAGCUGGUACCCAGAAAAAAAAUUAUAUGAAUUGGAUUUUAUUUAGAAGGUUAGCGUGAACAACCAGAGUUUUCAGCAUUAUCCAAGUCUUGACAUGAACGAUGAAAAUAAGUAAGAAAUAUGGAGACUAUCUUAUCUUCUUCUCUUUUUACCUUCUUUUUUUCUGUUUAACUUCUUGUUUCAAUCUAUCCUUUAACACCUCUAUGUUUACUUAAAUCUUUUUUUAUUUCUUGUAUUCUUAGUCCUCUUUCUUUCCUUUUACCCUUCAUUCUUCCAUUUCUUUUGUACUUCCUUCAUAUUUUGAGUCCCUCUCCCCCUCUUCCUUUCUUCCUUUUCUUUUUCCUUUCUUCCUCGGUUUCCGUGGCGCUCUGACUAUUUCCUCUUAUGUUUAAAUCCAGAUACUCAAAGGCAAAGACAAGAUACAUUUCUACAAGGUUACAGAAGGAAAUGAACAAAAUUUUGCUGUAAAUCCUUUGAACAUUAAGCAAACCACUACACUCAGGAAUCAUUUCAUCCCAAUUAAACUGGUUACAACAACCCGAUCACACGAAUGUGACUCCUCUGAAAAAACACCAUUGAUCUAAUGUCAACAUUUAUCAGGAUCUCCAAGCAUACUGACUACUUUCCAAACUAAAUAUGACAAACUCUGAGACAGCUGUGCAAAAGCCUUCUUAAUGGCAUCGCCAAAUUAAUCACAGAACCGAUGGUGUCACAAAAACAUGAACCAACGUUUGUGUUUGUUUUGUCUAUUUUUAAAGAAAAUGAUGUCCCAUCAGGUUAUCCCUGUGAUUAUGAACGUCUUUGUUAGCCUGUCAGCCAGUUUUUUUACAGCUGAUAUAAAUCAGGCUGCUUUUGGUAACAACUAGGCCAAAUGCAGUAUAACUCCGGGAAAUGCAAAGCCUUUGAAAUGACGUGACUAAACUUUUGUAAAAACAAAAGACAGUCUUUAACCCGCCUUGACCUCCUCAAAACCAAAUGAUGUGUAACGCCAAAAGUCAAGACUAAUUCAUAGUCCAGCAGCAUGUCAAGUUAUGAAAAGCCUAAAUUCUCUAAAACAAAUUCAGUUCAGGUACAGAACUUUUUUUGCGAUAUAAACUAACUUUCAAAUUUAAAAUUGGUGUUAAGAAGGACACUCUAAAAUGAUCGGCUGCAACAUUCAGCUUGUUGUAGCCAACAUCUCAGUUUACAGCAGCUGACAGUCAAUCCGUUCUAAAGGAGCCUCCAACGACUCGAUACUGAAGAGCAUAAAGUCUCAGUGCCAAUUAAAGGUCCGUAUACACUGAGCAGGUGUUACUUUUUUAAAUGUAUUUGUUUUUUACAAACCCCACCAACUUGAAAUAAUUACAUGAUUGGUUGAUUUUACUAUUUGUUACUGCUCACAGGUGACUAGCAUUGGAAUAGUCCUCAGGAUUUUCUCGAGGGUUCGACCAAUCAUGGAGCUGUUGAGGUCCUUUUAUCUACCUAGCAACAGAGCCAAACGACUUCUGAAACAAACCUGGCAAUUUUGACCCUUACCCUAAGUUGCUCUUACUGUUAACAAUAUUUAAAUUGCAAAAAAAACCCACUUAUGAAUGCAGGAUUUUAUUUCUGAUGAUCAGACGUUCUUCACAAAGUGUCCAUUUAUUUUUAUUUCAAUAAUUUAUUAGGCUCUUUGAGAGUACUUAGAGGGCCCUGAUGGGUCAUCUGUUAAAAUGAUGCCUAUUGUGGAUUAUGAUGCACCUGCUCUGUUAUCUCAUGCAGCAGGUGCAGAAGACAAGAUAAGGCUAAAUACUGACUUUUCAACAAAAGCAAAACUGAACAGAAGUUUUUCCACAACCAUUUUAUUCUGAAUUAAAAAUAUUUAAUAGAUCGUCCAUAUUUUUUUUCUGACUCAUCGGAGAGUCGGUGGUUGAAAGCGGGUUUUGCGGUGCUCUUUUUCCCUCUGUUGCAUGUAGCACUACAAAACAAUUAAGAUCACGUUGUCACAUUGUCACAGGAAUAGAAUUGUAUUAUUUUUAGAAAUGUAAAUCAGAUUCCAUCGCCACCCGUCAUUAAUGUUUGCACAUUGUGUUUUCUUUUUUUCAUUUAAGUUUUAGUUCUGAGCAAAAACCAUGUGAACAUUUUAUGCAAGUUGAACUGGCAGCUUUCUUUUGGGUCAAAGCCUGAAAUAUAUAUUUUGGUGUGAAUUGAAAUACUUCUUCAUUAUCACUGGAACCAGCGUGUAAAGUAUCAUGAGCUCAGUUUUACACUACACUCUGGCUACUAGGAUCACUAUUGAAACAAGUGCAUACGUGACAUAAACUGAAGGGUUCAACCUGAUAAAACGGGGCUGUGACAUGAGAUUAUCAAUCCAACUCCAUUAGCGAAAGAACAGCAUAAGAUGUAAAUAUUUUUACAGUUCAGAUGUCUUUAUAACAGUGAUAUGAAGCUGAAUGAAAUUCUACUGUAUCCUUGCGGGCGACGUUUUGAGGAAUUAAGAGGCUAUACGCUGAGGUAAACAGUCGGAAACUCUUAAAGUAAAAACACAGAUCAGAGACGAUGCUUGUAGUGCCAGGGAAUGGGAGCGUGUGUGUGUGUGUUUUUUUUUUUCAUUUAAAUGUUUUUGGAUCAGGUGGAAAUCCUGCUGGCAUCACCUCGGACAGAAAGGUGUGCCAAAAUACGCAGCACAGAUAUAGCACUUUUAUUUAUGUGAAGUUGUGUAACUCACUGUGCUUAUGGGUUGUCUUAAGUGGAGCUUUUUGAGUUUAUAAGCAAAGCCUGUCCAACAGAAGCUUUUGUUUACGGUUUUAUAAUGUGCAGUUCUUUCUCCUUUAUGAACAUGAAGCUUUGUUGUCCAGUGUGGUCGGUAAUUUUGCACAAAUGGGGUUUCCGUUGUGAAUGUCGUUUGUCUCAUUCAUCCUUUCUUCUUUUCAGAUACAAUGAGCUGUAGAUUGUCUGUUUGGGAUCGGAAGGUAAAUCAGGAAUUAUCUGGUUAAUUUACAGGUACGGAGAUAAAAAAAACAUAUUGUACUAUGAAUGGGAUUAAAUCUCUUAAGUGUGGUUUCUACUGAAAAAAAAAUCUGCCAGUUUACUGAGACAUUCAGUGAGUCAGAACAAGUUUUUUGCCAAAUCAUUGUAUUUUGCCAAAUGUGUUCUAACUGUAGAUGUCUACUAGUAAAAUGGAGAGAAUAAAGGUAAGGGUAAAUGAAUAAACCUGAA